AUUCUCCCCUCCAGCGCUACUCACUCUCGGUCUUUGACUCCAGCAGAUGCCGCUCGAUUCACCAGCCCCAGCGACCCAAAAGCAGAGGACGCGCACCAAUGUUCGGCAAUCCAAGUACGGUUGCUUUACGUGCCGGCGACGCAAAUUAAAGUGCGACGAAUCCAAGCCACAUUGCUUGCGCUGCCAGCGAGGCAAACGUGCCUGCGAAGGAUACCCGGACGGUGCGCCUCGGAGCCAUGAACAGACCCGGACGAACGUUGCGCUUUCUACCAGAUCUAGAAGUGUCGACUACGUUAACUUCAGCAAGCCUACACUUCUAGGAUCGAACCCAGAGCUGGGUCGUCUCCGUCUUCUGGCAUGUGCCGUAUUGUCACAAGGACUGCCUGGGGCGAGGACCGAUGCCGAGACUGCGUUUUGGUCUCAUCUGGUGCCCCAGCUCGCCCUGUCUAUUCCAAGUGUCAGAGAGGCGGCGGCCGCAUUUGGAGCAUCUUAUGAGCAACAGAUGCUGCGAAGAAACUGCGGCGCUGCCAAAUUCAAGGCAUUGAAACAAAUCACGACCGCGAUGGCCAAAAUUCGAGAAGAUGUCUUUCGGCUCCCGCACGGCCCUCUGCCGGUCCUUGUGGCGUGCAUCAUGUUGGCCUGCGCUGAAACAAUCCAGUACCGACACACUGACGCUCUGCUUCACCUACGGGGCGCAUUCUCAGUCAUGAACUCCCGCGAAUGGCUUGACGCAAGAUCUUCUACCGGCAAAGCACUGCUCGAGGAUGAUCUCUCAUAUCUAUUUAGCAAGUUAGACCUGCAAGUCAUUACCUACGCACUGGGGAACGCGCCGGAACUCCAAUUCUCCAUGGCUACACCCGGAAUGGAUGCAGAUGUUGCUGUAUUCACACCACAAAAGGCAGACCGUGAGCUCUUCCGGACGUUGCACUCCUGCUACAGUUUCGCCACAAGGGCUGCCCAAUACAAAUACCUUCCCCGUGCAGCCUCCCGGGAGUUGCUGGUGCUGGAGCAGAGCCGUCAUAUUGCCGAACUAACCAGAUGGCUCUCAUGUUAUCGGCAAUACUCGAAGACGAGACAUGACAUCUCGGCAGGCAACGAUCUACAUGGGCUAGUGCUUCAGGCACAUUGUUUAAGUGCGCACAUCUAUGUGGCGAAUAUCCUCGAGCCAUUUGAAACCGGAUACGACAAGUAUGCGUCACAGUUUCAGCAACUCGUCGAGUGUGUCGAACAAGCCAUGAGCGCCAAACCCGCUGAGAGCGAAAUGCCCACCUUCAAUGCCGAAAUGGGAGUCAUUCAGCCUCUCUUCUUCACGGCUGUCAAGUACCGGGACUCUGCUUGGCGGUCGAAGGCCAUAUCGCUGAUCCGGAAAUGCGGGAGAGAAGGGCCAUGGUGUGGGUAUGUCGAAUCUGCAGCCGCCGAGGUCGUGGUUCGGGCGGAAGAGACGGCCGCAACUCAAGCAGCAAACGCAACUUCGUGUGGGACGUCGCCGACGGCCCGGAGAACCGUGUUCCUCCCGCAGGAUAUCCCCGAGGAGGCACGCGUGGCAGGGCAUUCUCUGGUCGACAUCGUCGAGGACUCGUCCGGCGCCAAGUGGGCAGAAAUUGAGAUGUCCAGAUGCCGCGACAUGCAUGCGAUGCUGCUCGACGAAGAACCACAGCCUCAUGUCCACAAACACUGGUUCAUGUGGAGGGAGACUUGCCACCUUCUGCCGUGACACCCAAUGCUCUGAAGUACGAAGUAUUUUGGCAAAGAGGAGGUGGCGCGACGUCCUACUAGGGGUCUCUGGUCACAACACAAAGCAUAUUUGUUACUAGGAUCAUGGCACCUGUCAUCGACAAUAGGUUAGGUAUCACGCAUGGCGCAAGAAAUAGUAUUGCCUAUCCUAUUUCUAUACCAUCACCUACAGUUUGGCAGGCCGGCCGCUCCAUCGUUC